AUUGGUGGAUCAUUCAGUGCUCCACCGCAAAGCAAAAACUAUAAAGACCAAAUACACUACUCCCUAGGCCACAGAGUACAAUCUGUACCAACCAAUCGUAUGGAAAGUUGUAUUGACCCAGUGCAGAAACCAAGUGGCUGAUUGGUGGAGACAAAGUGAGUGCAGUGUACUCGGGUGCACCUGAUUGUUUAAGCAUAACUAACUUGACUUGGUAAGCAAUGUAGCAGUGGUGUGUGUGUGUGUACACUGGCUGAGACCUUUCAGUUUUCAAAUAUGCUUUCUUUGUUGAGAAGACAUCACCAAAAAACAUGAAAUACCCAGCUGUAAAAAAAAAAGCUUAAAGCGGUUUUUGGUAGUUUACAAGAGAGAUUAUAAAAUUAAGUCUUGUGAAAGGAGAAAAGAAUAUAUAAACUACACUAACAUAGAAGGGUCAAGAUGAAGUUUGGGAAAGAGUUCAAGAAACAAAUGGUGCCGGAGUGGACAGAAGCCUAUAUGGAUUAUAAUGGACUAAAAAGAAUACUAAGAGAGGUAAGGGGUUACAAGCAGACUAAGCAUCCUGCAACACACAAUAAGGCCUCACAGAAGAAACCAACAUUGGACAAGGCCUUCAGUGGUCUACACAAAGAAGCUAGCAAUCUUCCAAGUAAGGGAGAUAUCGAGGACCAAGUUAUAGAUGUUAACACAUUGCAGCAAGAUGGUUCUGGACAGAUUUACAAGACCAAGUUCUUAAGGAAGUCUGAAGAAGGAGGAGAGGUUGAGGUAAUGUUUUUCAGAAAACUUGAUGAAGAGCUCAACAAGGUCUGUAAUUUUUACAAGGACAAGGUGGAGGCACUGAUGCAUGAAGCUGCUGUCUUGAAUAAACAAAUGGAUGCUUUCAUUGCAUUGUGGGUAAAGGUGGAAAACCCUGAUCUCAACGGCUCUAACCUUAAGAGAUGUUAUCUUUCCAAUGUCUCUUCGAAGAUGCCCCCAACAAGCACUACUUGCAGCAGAGACAGGAAUCCAGGAAGGGAGUAUGUGGGUUUGAUACCUGAAGUAGAUACAAAUGAUGAUCAUCAACAAGAAGAGUCUACUGCUGGUCCAGAAGUCAAUUCAGUUAGCACCGCCAGUUGUGGUUGUGAUCACAGGGAGGAGGUGAACAAGGAUGACUACAAAGAAGAUCCCCUAAAAAUUCUUGAGCACGUGAAGAUUAACAAUACGCUUGAAUCUCCAAUUUCAACCAUAAAAGGCGUUUUCAAGGAUUCCAAAGAAGAGGACUUGAGUUUUAAUAAAGAGGAGCUGAGAAAAGUUGAAGAACGACUGAGACAUGUGUUCGUUGAAUUUUACCACAAGCUCCGUCUUCUAAAGCACUACAGCUUUAUGAAUCUUGCAGCAUUUUCCAAGAUCAUGAAAAAGUAUGAAAAGAUCACAACAAGGAGAGCUGCCAGAUUAUACAUGAGAAUAGUGGAUGACUCUUACCUUGGCAAUUCUGAUGAGGUUACUGGUCUCCUGGAGAGGGUGGAGACUACAUUCAUCAAGAACUUUUCAAAAUCAAAUCGUAGAGAAGGUAUGAAGUUAUUGAGACCAAAAGCUAAAAGAGAAAGGCAUAGAGUAACAUUUUUUUCAGGUUUCUUUUUGGGUUGCUCAAUUGCUCUUUUGGUUGCUAUUGUUUUAAUAAUAGAAGCUCAUAAUCUUAUGGAUAAGGAGGAGGGCACCCAGUACAUGGAAAACAUUUUCCCACUAUACACUUUAUUUGCAUAUAUUGUGCUACAUAUGCUCAUGUAUGCAGCCAACAUAUACUUCUGGAGACGUUAUCGGGUCAACUAUCCAUUUAUAUUUGGUUUCAAGCGAGGAACUGAGUUGGGCUAUCGAGAAGUUUUUCUCCUCAGCACUGGUCUUGCAGUACUUGCAUCAGCCGGUUUCCUAGCAAACUUGCAGCUGGACACAGACUCAAGUACUCGAGACUACAAGACAAUCACUGAACUGGUUCCUCUGGUGUUGGUUAUUUUUGUGCUUGUCAUCACCUUCUGCCCUCUUAACAUUUUAUACCGUUCAAGUCGUUUCUUCUUCAUUAAAUGUGUUUUCCGCUGUAUCUGUGCUCCUCUCUACCAGGUUACUCUACCAGAUUUUUUCUUGGCAGACCAGCUUACAAGCCAGGUCCCGGCCUUUCGGAGUUUUGAGUUAUACAUUUGCUACUAUAGUUUGGGAGAGUACUCAAGGAGGCAAAGCAAGUGUCUUAGUCAUGGUGUCUACAAUACCUUCUAUUUCAUUGUUGCUGUAAUACCGUAUUGGCUGCGGUUCCUGCAGUGCAUUCGUCGGUUGUGUGAAGACAAAGAUGCAAUGCAUGUGUACAAUGGUUUGAAGUACUUCUCGACCAUUGUUGCAGUUAUUAUUAGGACAGCUUUUGAGCUAAAGAAGGGAAUGGCCUGGAUGGUGUUAGCUUUAGUCAGCUCCUCUGUUGCAGCACUAAUAAAUACAUAUUGGGAUAUUUUCAUAGACUGGGGGCUUCUGCGAAGGCAAUCAAAGAACAAAUAUUUGAGAGAUAAACUUGUAGUUUCACACAAGAGUGUCUACUUUGCAGCUAUGGUCUUGAAUAUAGUACUGCGAUUUGCAUGGAUGCAAUUGGUGUUAGAAUUCAGAUUGCGUUCCCUUCAUAAGAUGACCAUAAUAACCAUCUUUUCCUGCCUAGAGAUUAUCCGUCGUGGCAUUUGGAGCUUCUUCAGGUUGGAAAACGAGCACUUAAACAAUGUGGGCAAGUACCGUGCAUUCAAGUCAGUCCCACUUCCUUUCAGUUAUUAUGAGACUGACAAUGAUGAUGAUGAUGACUACGACGAUGAUGACAAGAAUGAUUGAGCAUCAACACAAAUAAACACACAAUUGUGCACCAAGGCUAUGAUACAAACACCUUGCUUUGAGGAUGAUCUCUAGUCUUGAUAAGCUUCAUAAAGUCUUUGAUAUCUCGAUAUGUACACGGCAAACCUUCCACCUUCCAUGAUGGGCAAAAAGCCCAUCAUAUAUGCUGGUCAACUUGGAGGAGGAACAACUCAUAAAAGCCAGUAUGAUCUAUGGUUCUUUGCCAAUCUGCAUGCUGGACUAGCUCAUGUUAAGUUACUUCUUAUUUUGCUGAGAAGUUAAUAAGUCACUUCAUUGUUCAUUCUUUGUUGACCUUGAAAUGAUAAUUAAGAAAAUUUCAUAUCC